AUGGCACUUCUGCAUGAUUUUUGCUUCCUCUUUGAGGAUAUGGACAAUUUGGAUGCAAUGCAAACUUUUCAGUCUCCAUUCAUGUUACAGCUCUUUGCGACUGCUCAUCUUCACAGCAUUGUUGGACACGCUCAUGUCACUGUGCUUAAGACAGAUGUACUGGCUCUUACUGGCAUGCAGGGUGUUAUCGCUCUCUGCACUACUUCACUUGAGCGUGCUAUCAAAUGGCUCCAUAAAGGCACUGUGGACAUUGAUGCGCACACCCCUGACGUGGGUCCUGCACAAAUGAAGUGCAAGCUCAGGAUGCCAAAGACCUUCAACCCAGCCACCGGCAAGGAUAGUACUAUCCAGAAUGCUUUCUCCAUUGGCAACUGGGGCGAUGUGACUGCAGCAUACAUUAUCUCUGUCAGGGCAAAGGGGGAUAUCUUCAUGAAGGAUUUGGUGUCAACAGCCUGUAAAUUACUCAAGAAGAAGUUGGGUGGUCUUGAUAAAUAUCUUCACCUUAGUGAUGAAGACAACAACGAUGACAACAACGAUGACAACAACAAAAUUGAUCAUUGCACCCUGCUGUGGUAA